UAAUGAAAUGUGAGAGCAGAAGCUGUUGGAAGAAGACUGGCAAUAUUUAAGACAGCCUGCACGAGUGGGAACGGGUCCUGCACACCUCGGCCGCCAAGCCCCGGCCGGCUCGUCGCGCAGGCGCUGUGGGCCCGAUUCGCCAUGCCGACUGUCAGCGUGAAGCGCGAUCUGCUCUUCAAAGCGCUGGGCCGGACUUACACUGAUGAAGAAUUUAAUGAACUAUGUUUCGAAUUUGGUCUGGAACUUGAUGAAAUUACUUCUGAGAAGGAAAUUAUAAGUAAGGAACAAGGUAAUGAAAAGGCACAGGGGGCCUCCAAUGUUAUUCUUUAUAAAAUUGACGUCCCUGCCAAUAGAUAUGAUCUCCUUUGUCUGGAAGGAUUGGUUCGAGGACUUCAAGUCUUCAAAGAAAGGAUAAAGGCUCCAGUGUAUAAACGGUUAAUGCCUAAUGGAGAAAUCCAGAAAUUGAUCAUCACAGAAGAGACGGCUAAAAUACGUCCUUACGCUGUAGCAGCUGUUCUCCGAAAUAUAAAGUUUACUAAAGAUCGAUACGACAGCUUCAUUGAACUUCAAGAGAAAUUACAUCAGAAUAUUUGCAGGAAAAGAGCUCUGGUUGCUAUUGGUACCCAUGAUUUGGACACUCUGUCAGGCCCAUUUACUUACACUGCAAAGCGGCCUUCAGAUAUCAAAUUCAAGCCUCUAAACAAGACCAAGGAGUAUACAGCCUGUGAACUGAUGAACAUGUACAAGACUGACAACCAGCUUAAACAUUACUUACAUAUCAUUGAAAAUAAACCCCUUUACCCAGUUAUCUAUGAUAGCGGUGGUGUUGUCCUUUCCAUGCCUCCUGUCAUCAAUGGAAAUCGUUCCAAAAUAACAGUAAAUACCAGAAAUGUAUUUAUUGAAUGCACAGGAACUGACUUUACUAAGGCAAAAAUUGUUCUUGAUAUUAUUGUCACCAUGUUCAGUGAAUAUUGUGAGAAUCAAUUUACGGUUGAAGCAGCUGAGGUAGUUUUUCCUAAUGGAAAAUCAUAUACCUUUCCAGAAUUGGCUUACCGUAAGGAGAUGGUGAGAGCUGAUCUAAUUAACAAAAAAGUUGGAAUCAGAGAAACUCCAGAAAAUCUUGCCAAGCUUCUGACCAGGAUGUAUUUAAAGUCAGAAGUCAUAGGUGAUGGGAAUCAGAUUGAGAUUGAAAUCCCUCCGACCAGAGCUGAUAUUAUCCAUGCAUGUGAUAUUGUAGAAGAUGCAGCUAUUGCUUAUGGAUAUAACAACAUUCAGAUGACUCUCCCGAAAACAUACACCAUAGCUAAUCAAUUUCCUCUUAAUAAGCUCACAGAACUUCUACGAUAUGACAUGGCAGCUGCUGGCUUCACUGAAGCGCUGACCUUUGCUCUGUGCUCCCAAGAAGAUAUUGCUGAUAAACUUGGAGUGGACAUCUCUGCAACAAAAGCAGUCCACAUAAGUAAUCCUAAAACAGCUGAAUUUCAGGUGGCACGCACUACCCUUCUUCCUGGCCUCCUGAAGACCAUCGCAGCCAAUCGGAAGAUGCCCCUUCCUCUGAAACUGUUUGAAAUCUCUGACAUUGUUGUAAAAGAUUCUAGCAGAGAUGUAGGUGCAAGAAACUACAGGCAUCUCUGUGCUGUUUAUUACAGCAAGAAUCCUGGGUUUGAGAUUAUCCACGGACUGCUGGACAGAAUCAUGCAGCUGCUUGGCGUGCCUCCUGGUGAAAAGAAGCGGGGUUAUGUGCUCAAAGCAUCAGAUGGCCCUGCUUUCUUCCCGGGGCGAUGUGCCGAGGUCUUUGCCAGGGGUCAAAGCGUCGGGAAGCUUGGGGUCCUUCAUCCUGAUGUUAUCACCAAAUUUGAGCUUACCAUGCCCUGCUCCUCUCUGGAAAUCAAUAUUGAGCCCUUUUUGUGAAGAUGGGCUCUGUGAUUCUCUCUCCCCAAGUGUCCCUUUCUGCUCCCCUCCCACCCUUUAGUCGUCCCCUCCCCGCCCCCCGAGAGAACAUCCAUUUGUGCUUUAAUGUUUAAUAAAGCAGGAGGCACUGUCUGA